CUUUCUUUUUUUUUUUGUUUUUUUUGUUUUUUUAAAUUUUGUGUUUGGCUUGGGAUUCAUUGAUUAGUAGUAACUAGGUUGUUUGUUGGAGGUGUACAAGUAAGUCCUAGUCUUGAACUCUUUCUUGAAUUCCACUAGAGUGCACCAUUUCAAAACGGUCCUAAUGAACAAUAUACAUGAGUUGAUCAAAGAUUGGGUCUUUUUGUUAUAGAGAGAAAAGGGCUCUCUUUAUAUUCAUUUGGAGUACUUGGGCUGUUUUUGGUUUAUGAGAUUGUGUGUGUGUUAAUCUUGAACUUGGUAUUUUUUGGUUCAGUUGUUUGAUAUCUGAGACUUGUGAUUGAGAGUUCUCUUGGAUAAAGUUAUAUGCUUUGCUUCUCUUUUGUUUGUGUAUCAGAGAAGCAGUGGGCACUGCAUAUUGACUUGGUUUUGGUUCUUUAAUUAAUUGGGUUGAUGAUAGUUGGAGUAAAAGAGAUUCUGGAUUGGGACUUUUUUGGUGUCUUUUGGAUAGGACCUAGUGAGAGUAUAAGUGGGAAUAGAAGCUCAGAAGAUGCUGAAUGCUGUUCUGUGUAAUAAUUUUGGCAUAUGUUUCAAGGAUAUUGAUUCCCAUUGAAAUUGAAAUUUGGAUCUGCUUUCCCAUUGUAUUGGAUACAUAGUUGAGCUAAGCCUCUCGUCAGUUACGUAUUUGAUUGUUGAAUUCCCUUGAUUAUUACAAGGACAGUGGCAUCUUAAGGAUUCUUGGACACUUAACUUUUGAAAGAACCCCCCAUCUAUGUUGACUUCGGGUUGUAUAAUUACAAGGCUUGACAUACACAAGUAUAGAUCAGGUUGGAGGUAUAAAGUUGGGGAUAUCGUUUAGCCACAGAGACGAUCGAAUGGAGGAGGCAUCUCCAACAAUUGCUGUACAUUACAAGCCCGGGAAUCGUGUGAUAUAUGAUGAAUCAGUGCUGCCUUCCCGUACGAAUAUUAGUGGACUUGAGCUGGUGGCAUACACAACCAAUUUGCUGUCAGAACCUACCAAGGCCAAGUUGUCUUUGGUGUCGAUUGGUAAUGGUAGUAUGAUGUGCGACAAUCGUAGAGUUCCAAGAGAUAGCUUCGAUGACACACGGGGUUAUGACAAUGAUGAAAUUCGAGGAGGAGGAGGAGGAGGAGAAAAGUUGUUAUCAAAGGUGCAUGGAAAUGGAAUAUGUCUGGUUAUUAGUGAUGCUAAAAUAGGUCAAAACUCUAGAGACAAUGGUUUGAUGUCACCGACUAGUGGCAAGUUACUGGGCAGUAUUUCUUCUUGCUCUGAAAGAAAUGGAAGUAGCUUCGUGUCUGAGAAGGAAUGUGGAGCCAUAGAGGCCAAUUCUGGGGCCACUUCACCAGUUAAUGGAGAUAAAAACGGUGCAGUUCUUCUUAGCAUAAACAAAUCGUAUUCGGUGAAUGGUGGGAAGCAAUGUGUUGUUUUUGAUUCCACACCUCCUCUCUGGGGACUUGUAUCAAUCUGUGGGAAGAGGUUGGAAAUGGAAGAUUCUGCUGUAGCUCUACCAAGGUUUUCGGGAAUCCCUUCUCAAAUGCAAAUCCAUGUCCCCGACACUAAUGCAAUGGCUCGAAAUCCCCUAGCACACUUUUAUGGGGUUUAUGAUGGGCAUGGAGGCUGUCAGGUUGCUAAUUAUUGCCGUGAACGGUUCCAUCUAGCUUUAACCGAGGAGCUGCACACUCGGAAGGAGGAUUUGCACACUGAAAGCGUUGGCAGUAACUGGAAGGAGCAAUGGGAAAAGGCUUUGUUCAGUUGCUUCCAAAAAGUUGAUGAUGAGGUUGGAGGGAUCUCCCGAGGUUUCGAGUGUGAUGCUGCUGUUGAUCCUAUUGCUCCCGAAGCAGUUGGAUCUACGGCUGUAGUUUCAAUUGUUUGUCCCACGCAUAUAAUCGUUGCCAACUGCGGUGAUUCAAGGGCUGUCCUCUGCCGGGGAAAAUCAGCCAUGCCACUGUCCGUUGAUCACAAACCAAAUAGAGAAGAUGAGUAUUCAAGAAUAGAAGCUUUAGGAGGCAAAGUCAUUAAUUGGGAUGGGCAUCGCGUGUCAGGUGUCCUUGCAGUUUCAAGAUCCAUUGGUGACAGAUAUUUGAGGCCAUACGUAAUCCCGGAACCAGAAAUGACGUUUACCCCUCGGGCAAAAGAAGACGAGUGCCUUAUUUUAGCGAGUGAUGGUCUGUGGGAUGUGAUGGCUAAUGAGGAAGUGUGUGAUGUGGCGAGGAGAAGAAUCCUCCUCUGGCACAAAAAGAAUGGCGGGGACACGCCAUCUAAAGAAAGGGGCGAUGACGACAACGCCACUGAUCCUGCUGCUCAAGAUGCAGCACAGUACCUGACGCGAAUCGCGCUCCAGAGGGGAAGCCAAGACAAUAUCUCUGUUAUUGUGGUGGACUUGAAAGCACAGAGAAAGUUCAAGAAGAAAGUGUAAGUGUUGAACAGUCUAAAUCAGCUCUCAUAUAUUGCUGGGAAUAUUGCAGAAUCCAGCCCCCUUCUUUAUGCAGGCCAAGGUUGCAGAAUUUCUAGUAUGAUAUUAUGGUACGUUAAAGUGUUUUGACAAUAAACAUUUUUAGGGAAAUGUUUGGUCAAAACCAUUGCUGACAUGUUUUUGCAAGAAAUCCUUGUGUUUCAGAUACUCAGCCUCCUAUUCUUUAUUAUAUUAAUAUAUGGAUGACAUUUUGCUGUCCACUGCUGUAACACUUUAAGUCAUCAAUAUAGACUGCAUAUUUUAUCAGAGAA